GAUGCUGUGGCUACCUACAAGGAGACUCGUAACGGCCUGAUAGGACUGGACUAUUCCACCAAAUUUUCCCCGUGGUUGGCUAUAGGCUGUAUCUCCCCCAGGUAUAUCUACCAACAGAUCAAGAAGUAUGAGAGUGAACGAACAGCCAAUCAGAGCACAUACUGGGUGGUAUUUGAGCUGCUCUGGAGAGACUAUUUCAAGUUUGUAGGAGCCAAAUACGGAGACAGACUGUUUGACAUCAAAGGGCUUCAGGACAAAUCCAUCCCUUGGAAGAAGGACAUGAAUCUGUUCAAUGCAUGGAAAGAGGGUCGUACCGGGGUGCCAUUCGUUGAUGCCAACAUGCGAGAGCUGGCGCUGACAGGGUUCAUGUCUAACAGGGGUCGCCAAAACGUAGCCAGCUUCCUCACCAAGGACCUGGGACUAGACUGGAGGAUGGGGGCCGAGUGGUUCCACUACUUACUGGUGGACCAUGACGUGAGCAGUAACUAUGGUAACUGGCUAUACAGCGCGGGGAUAGGAAACGACCCGAGGGAGAACAGGAAGUUCAACAUGAUCAAACAAGGACUCGACUACUACAACAACGGGGACUAUGUUAGACACUGGGUCCCAGAGCUCAAGGGGAUCAGUGGGGGGGAGGUCCACACCCCCUGGACCCUUAGCUCCGCCUCCCUGUCUCACGCACUGGUGUCCCUCAACGACACAUACCCCUCCCCCGUUGUCAUGGCGCCAGAAUGGAGUCGCCACACCAACAAGAAGCCGACUGGUGCUGGACCCUCGGCCAGAGGAAAGACGGGUCCGUCCCACACCCCUAAACAACACAAGGACAGAGGAAUAGACUUCUACUUCUCCAAGAGCAAGAACUUCUGAUGGAGCAGACUGACUGAAAAGACUGAAAUAACUGUUGGGCUUCCGCAAGGAAAUGGUUUGACCCAUCCCCGCUUUAUAUGGGUGGAUGGUUUGACCCAUCCCCGCUUUAUAUGGGUGGAUGGUUUGACCCAUCCCCGCUUUAUAUGGGUGGAUGGUUUGACCUAUCCCCGCUUUAUAUGGGUGGAUGGUUUGACCCAUCCCCGCUUUAUAUGGGUGGAUGGUUUGACCCAUCCCCGCUUUAUAUGGGUGGAUGGUUUGACCCAUCCCCGCUUUAUAUGGGUGGAUGGUUUGACCCAUCCCCGCUUUUAUAUGGGUGGAUGGUUUGACCCAUCCCCGCUUUUAUAUGGGUGGAUGGUUUGACCCAUCCCCGCUUUUAUAUGGGUGGAUGGUUUGACCCAUCCCCGCUUUUAUAUGGGUGGAUGGUUUGACCCAUCCCCGCUUUUAUAUGGGUGGAUGGUUUGACCCAUCCCCGCUUUUAUAUGGGUGGAUGGUUUGACCCAUCCCCGCUUUUAUAUGGGUGGAUGGUUUGACCCAUCCCCGCUUUUAUAUGGGUGGAUGGUUUGACCCAUCCCCGCUUUUAUAUGGGUGGAUGGUUUGACCCAUCCCCGCUUUUAUAUGGGUGGAUGGUUUGACCCAUCCCCGCUUUUAUAUGGGUGGAUGGGUGUGGAGCACAUGGUUUUGAGAAGGUACUGCUGAGUGGGUGGGGUGAUACAGACAACUUUUUUGUUUCUGUUUUAUAAUGCCACUGUUUUAUGUUUCAUAUAAUGUUUUAUCGAUUUCUAUCGACUUGUUACAGAACCAUUUAAGGUAGUACCUGUAUGGGUUGUUUUUUACUCUCUACAAAAGCAGCCAUAUCUUUAUCAUGGUUCAUAAUAAACAUGUUGAUGCUGGU